UAUGUCGAUUUGAUGUCGAUCCUUGCUCUGUGUUGAAGAGAGGGUUAAUAUUUAUGGUCGAGGGUUUGUUUCGUUUUCAGGGAUUCGAAUUCUGUGGAUAUGUUUUAUGCCUUUACCAAUUCUAGAUUCCUGGAUGUUCAUCGCUCUUUCUAUUUGAUAGGAUUUUUCAAAAAAAAUAAAAAAAAAUAAAUAAAUUGAUUUGUUGGAUGUUGAAUUUCUUCUUCUGUGUAAUGUUAGGAUCGAUUCGAUCGGGACUAAAUUAUGCUCGUUAAAUGUGUAAGAAAUUUGAACAAGAGAAGAAUGUUGGAUAAGAAAAGGUUAACACACACACACAGCACUGAUGUUGGGAGUUUCAAAAUUGGAAGUCAAAACAAGACUGCCAUUGUUGAGUAUAAUCUUAAUCUAAUCUAAUCGAAGAAAUGUGUUUUGAUUGAGAGUGUUUUGUUUUUGGACAUAGUUUUCAACUUAUUGUUCAUUCGUGUUUGUAAUUCUGUAUGAUUUCCAGAUUCUUGUCACUGCAUUACAACUUACAACAUUAGCAUUUGCUUGUGUCCCUACUCUUCUUCCUGGCAUUUUAGGUCUGCAUCAUUCUAACACAACAAUGUCUUCUCCGAGCAAGCGGCGAGAUAUGGAUGUCAUGAAACUGAUGAUGAGUGACUAUGCUGUGGAGACUAUAAACGAUGGAAUCAACGAGCUAAAUGUGGAAUUUCACGGUCCAAAAGAAAGUCCUUAUGAAGGUGGUGUUUGGAAAGUUCGUGUAGAGCUUCCGGAUGCUUAUCCUUACAAGUCUCCUUCCAUCGGCUUUGUCAACAAAAUCUUUCAUCCCAAUGUCGACGAGCUGUCGGGUUCUGUGUGCUUGGAUGUCAUCAACCAGUCGUGGAGUCCGAUGUUCGAUCUUCUGAACGUAUUCGAGGUAUUCCUCCCGCAACUUCUGCUAUAUCCAAACCCGUCGGACCCGCUGAACGGGGACGCGGCGUCGUUAAUGAUGAAAGACAAGGCACAAUACGACCAAAAAGUAAGAGAGUAUUGCGAGCGGUAUGCGAAGAAGAAAGUCGACAGUGCAGCGAACGAAAGCGACGAAGAAGAGAGCAAUGACGAAGAUUUCAGCGAUGGUCGGAGCGAUAGCGACGACGAUGACGAAGUUGCAGGGCGUGCCGAUCCGUAGGUGAUCUUAGCUGUGUACCAUGAAUGGCUGGUCCUUUAUUGUCUGUAAAUUAGAAACUAGAUUUUAUCGAAACCUAUGGUUUUUAAUGUAAACAUUUGAACAAUCUGGAUCAGUAUUCCAAAUCCUUCUUAAUUAUCA